AUGUCUCAAAAUUCGGCAAAACUACAUUUUAUCUCUCUAGCAAAAAGAGCCAGUAUUAUAGAUAUAAUAAGAGACUUUAUUGUUCAAUGUAGUGAACAUCCUAAUAGCGAUAUAUAUGCUAGCUUUGGUGAAUUAAGUGGGGUAUUUUCAGGUUUAAAUAUUCAUUUACCAGUAGCUGGUGAAUGUAUACUGGAGCAAGGCUCAAGUGAUUACAAAUUUAUAGAUAAAAUUAGUUGGAAGCAACAGAGCUUUUUAGUAGAACGUAUUUUAAAAGCUAAUAGAACUUCAUGGGAAGCUGAAAGUUUACCUCUGAGUGUAUUAGUUGAGGAAUAUUAUAACAAUGAGAUUGUUGUAGUUUCUGAUAAUGAAGGUAACAAAAAGGAUACUUUUUAUGAGCUAAAUUUAGGGGACAUUAUUAUCUAUCGCCCGAAAUCACUUGUACAUUAUCGAAUAUCAGGAGUUUCAAGAACAGCAAUAGAUACUAAACCAAAAGAAUUUAAUUUAUUAUCUAAACAUGAGAAAAAUAUUGUAGGAUGGAAAUUCUAUCGCAAAAUUGGUAGAAACUAUCCUUUUUGGGAAAUAAAGAUAGUCCAUGUUGCCCAAAAUAAUAAAGAAUUAAAGGAUCUAGAUAAUGAUAAGAGUAUAACAAAAGAUAAGGAAGAUGAUGAUGAAGAUAUUCAAAAAAGUGAAUAUUGGAUGGUCCUUCUUGUGGGUUGUAAAGAUAUUAUUUUAAAGCAUGUAGAUUUAUAUAAAAAAGGAAUGAAUAAUGGGUUAUAUCGUAUUGUAACAGAAUUUGUAUUGAAUAGUCGUAUUAUUGCUAAUUAUUUAGAAGAAUGUCUUACAUUAUCCAUGUCACAAACACCGAGAUUCAUGUCAUAUUAUUAUCCAAAUUUUUUCGGAGAUAUUACCUCAUCUGUAAAGGCACAUUAUAAUACAAAGAAAAUUAAGCAAGCUGAUCAUUCAAUAAUACAGGGUUUACGUAGAUAUAAUAAUGAGGUUAAAAGAGCUUUAAUUGAUUUAUUUGUUGAUGGACCCCUAAAAGUUAAAGAUUCAGGAUAUUAUAUUUUGGAUCUUGCAUGUGGUCAUGGUCAAGAUAUUUUAAAAUAUAAAGGUAAGAAAAUUAAAAAAUUAAUUGGUAUUGAUAUUUCAGCAGAAGAGAUAGCUGAAGCUCGUCAUAGGUUAAAGGGAUAUCAACAUUCAGUUUGUUUUCCAAUAGAAUUUCAUGUUGGAAAUCUUUUAUCUAAAUCUACAUAUACAAAUAUAUUAAAGAAUUACAAAUUUGACGUUGUAACUAUUCAGCUUGCUCUGCACUAUAUGUUAAUUAAUGAAGAGGUCUCUAGAGAAUUUUUGAAUAAUGUCGUUAAAUAUAUGAAUCCGGGGGGAUUAUUUAUUGGUACUACAAUUUCAUGUGAUGAAGUCUACAAUUCUAUAAAAUAUGGUUCUGAGAAAGUAGAAAGUAUAAAGCUUGAGAAUGAGAUAGAUAAAAGUGAAUAUGUAGGUCCACCUAAGAGUGAUUUGAAAUAUAUUUCAGGCAAUUCUAUCUAUAGUAUUACUAUUGAUAGUGAAAUGUGGGAUCUAAUUUCUAAAGAUGAAAAAGAUAAUUAUGGAUUAACAUACUUCAGAAAUACUUGGGGAUUAAAAUAUGACUUUUGGUUAAUUGAACAUAUUAAUCAAUAUGAGUACGUAGUACCUUGGGAUGCAUUUUGUAAUUUAGCUAAGGAAGUAGGUCUAGAACUUUUAUAUACAUCAAAUUUCCCACAAUUCACAAAGUAUGUAUGUAAUCACUACCCUAAUUUGAGAAUAUCAAAUUGGAUAAAAAAUCCAAAAAAUGCUAAUAUUUUGACUCAACAAGAGAGUGAUGCAUUUUCUUUAUAUAGAACAUUUGUUUUUAAAAAGGCAAUUAUACCUGAAGAAGUCUCAGAUGAAAAAUAUAUUCAUAGUUUGUCAUCUGGCUACAAGAUAAGACGUAAAAAUACUUAA